CAUUGUGGGACGGCGGCAGGCGGUGGUUCCGUAUUUGUGAAUUUUUUUAUUUUUUAUUUUUUUUACAGCCAAAGCCGUCAGCUGAGCGUCGGUGCAGCUCGACAUGGAGGGGAGCAGGACGCCGCCGCUGUAAUGUCUCGCCGCCCAGCAGCACAGCAGCACGGCUCCAGCUCUAGGUGGCUUGUGUACACUGCCUCCAAGCAACCAUCAUGCCUUAUGGAAUAUUCAUGAACCACCAAUGACAUUCCAGCACAAUUGGUGUUUACAACAACAGUCUCUCUUGCCAACAAUUAGCCUUCAAACAGCUUUUUUUUAAAAUCAGAGCUGAUUCUCAAAUCAGCACUCAAGCAUCAAAUUUUUUUUGUUAGUUUGUUAUUCUACAAUCAAUUUCUCUUCCUUUGCAAGAGGCUGCAACCCUUUUUAUCAUGAGAUUCAGAAUCUACAAGAGGAAGGUGGUGAUCUUGACUUUGGUGGUGGUCAUUUGUGGUCUCGCUUUCUGGAGCAGCGGAAGGCAGAAGAAGAAUGAAAGUGGAUCGUUCAUCAAGGAGCUGGAGGUGGUGAGGAGAAGUGGCUUGAGCAGCAGCAGCAGUAGUAGUAGCAGCGUCAACAGUCAUAUCCAGGUGCAAGCGACACCUGCAGUCAAGCGAGCAUCUAUUCUGCCACAUAUUCAACAGGCAAAUGACACGCACCAAGACAAAACAAUUGACAAAACCAAAAUGAGCAAGUCAGAGGUAGAUAAUACCACUCUGGUCUAUCGUGGCAUUGUCUUCCAGCUUAACUUUGACCAGACGAUAAUAAACGAAGAGAAGUUUAAGACGGUACGGCACAAAGACGAUCUGGUCGUCGUGGUUCAGAUCCACAACCGACCAGAGUACCUAAAGCUAUUAGUAGAUAGUUUACGAAAGGCCAGGGGUGUGGAGAGCAUACUGCUGAUAUUCAGCCAUGAUUACUGGUCCCCAGAGAUAAAUAAAAUAGUGGCCUCUGUGGACUUCUGUCAAGUCCUUCAGAUUUUUUUCCCCUUCAGCAUCCAGCUGUACCCCAACGAAUUCCCUGGACAUGACCCCAAGGACUGCCCGAGAGACAUUCCCAAGAAAGACGCCUUAAAGCUGGGGUGCAUCAAUGCAGAUUACCCCGACUCAUUUGGUCACUACCGUGAGGCCAAGUUCUCCCAGACCAAGCACCACUGGUGGUGGAAGCUGCACUUUGUGUGGGACAGAGUCCGAGUUCUCAAAGAGCAUCAAGGUCUGGUCCUACUCAUUGAAGAGGAUCAUUACUUGUCUUCAGACUUUAUCCAUCUCUUAAAACUGAUGACAUCUCUCAAAAGGGAGCAGUGCAGCGACUGUGAUAUCCUUUCCCUGGGGAGCUACAGCCACAUAAGCUACUCCAGCAAGGCGAAUAAGGUGGAAGUAAAAGCCUGGAAGUCCACCGACCACAACAUGGGGAUGGCUCUGAAUCGAGAGACUUACCAGAAACUUAUCAAAUGCACAGACACAUUCUGCACUUAUGACGACUACAACUGGGACUGGUCCUUGCAACAUCUAACUGUGUCCUGCCUGCCCACCUACUGGAAGGUCAUGGUGAGCGAAGCUCCACGGAUUUUCCACGCGGGAGACUGUGGCAUGCACCACAAGAAGGCCUCUUGCAUGCCCGUCGGCCAGAAAACGAAGAUCGAAAACAUCCUACAGAGCAGUGGGAACCAGCUGUUCCCCAAAAACCUCCUGAUUACAAAGAGACUGCCUGCAAACGGGGCAGGAGGGGUGGCCCCCCACGUGAAAAACGGGGGCUGGGGAGAUAUCAGGGACCAUGAACUCUGCAAGAGUUAUGCCCGAUUACAGUGACCUUAAUUGCUACUUCUAUAAAUAUAUAUUGUCUCUUUUGCAUCCUAUAUAAAGAAAAAGUAUAUCUUUAUGGACUAUUCUUCAUAUUGCCUGUUUUCUUGGACUGUUUUCUUGGAUUGUUUCAAAUAAAGACGAAUGUUGCAUUUUUGGCCUCUUCAAUACGUGUGGU